UGUAUACAAAGUCUCUUCAGCAAAUCCCUAAUUGCCUCUCGUAACACUUUCUCACUCUGAGUCUGAGCUUCAAGACAUUCUAAGCUACCGGCGGGGAAAAUGGUUUUCAAGAGGUACGUGGAGAUCGGGAGAGUGGCACUUGUGAACUAUGGAGAAGAUCACGGAAAGCUCGUCGUUAUCGUCGACGUUGUUGACCAGAACAGAGCUUUAGUGGACGCCCCUGAUAUGGAGAGGAUCCAGAUGAAUUUCAAGAGGUUAUCUCUUACCGAUAUUGUGAUUGACAUCAACCGUGUGCCAAAGAAGAAGGCUUUGAUCGAAGCAAUGGAAAAAGCUGAUGUGAAGAACAAAUGGGAGAAAAGCUCAUGGGGCAGAAAGCUAAUCGUGCAGAAACGUAGGGCUAACCUCAAUGAUUUCGAUAGGUUCAAGAUCAUGUUGGCCAAGAUCAAGAAAGCUGGUGUUGUCAGGCAAGAGCUUGCAAAACUCAAGAAGGAGAUCACUGCCUGAUCAAUUCUAUUAUGUCUACAAAUCCGUUUUUGUGUUUGGAUUCAAAAAUUAUUGUUUUUGCAAAUCUCAAAAUCAUUAUGUACUCGAUUAUCUGAUGUUACUCGAGUUUGAAUGAAACCUUUUUGGGGAAAACUCAAGUUCUUGUUAUUUUAUCUCAGUGACCAGUUUUUCUU